AUGCAAAUCGUUCCAGAUUGGUUUAAUUGUUUGAAGUACUACGAUGUUAUCUGCGCAUCCAGCCUUCGCAAGCGCGAGAAGGACACCGUGCUAAUCAAGCAGCUCGACCUCGACGGCUCCAGCUUCUCCAGCAUUGAUCCAGUCGGCAGCGGCGCACACCCCCUCGACAGACUCGUCUACCACUUCAAGGAAGCCCAUGCCUCGCAUCAGGUGGUCAGUCUGGACGCGGGAUUCGCAGCCUUGACCUCCGAUGUUAUCCACAGGUAUGUGUACGGGUUCAACCCGGCUAAUAUCGACAAGAAGGGGUUCAACGCCAAGGUCAGAGACAGCAUCAACAGGCUCUUCCAGCUGGCGCACAUCCGCUACUUCUUCCCCCUCCUGCAGACUAUCGUGAACAUGAUGCCGCUGGCGGUCUUGCGCAAGGUCAAUCCCCCCGCGUUUGUUCUCGCCGGUCAGAUGAAUCAAUUGUACCAUCGGGUCGCGGCCGCGCUGGAGAAACCGCAUUCGAAUCCAAGGACAGCGGCAGCGGGACUGCCGGAGCGGCUGAUGAACGAGGGAUUUGCCCUGGUGAUUGGUGGCGCAGAACGAUGGCUCGGAAGGAUUGAAGCAGGUGAUGCCUCGGCAGAUUCAAGAGCGACAUGGAAGGAACUUGAAGGGUUACCUUAUUUGUCCGGCGUGAUUGCUGAAUCCCCUACAUCUAGGUAUUGGACUGGCGAGUCGCUCCAUAAGAGUCGCGCGUACGGAGGCGUUGAGAGGCAGAAGCAAGCUUUCCGUAACAAGUACAAACCCCCGUCAGCGAAUUUAAGCUAUUUUGUCCUCGCGGACCCCGAAAUCUUCACCGACUCGCACGAAUUCGACCCAGAACGAUGGAUACGUGCCGCUGCAAAACGACAACGGCUCGAUCGGUACAUGGUGAACUUCUGCACGGGAAGCUGGACCUGCACUGGCAUGAAGCACGAUCCGGCGUAUGCGGAGAUGUUCCUGAUCAUCGCGACGUUGGCACACCGGUUUGAUUUGGAGCUGUAUGAAACGCCCAAGGAGAACAUUGAAUUUGCUCGGGAUUUUGGCACGCCGUACCCUGCGAAGGGGAGCUUGAGCGUUCGGAUAACGAUUACGGUGUCAUCAAGUAGGGUGCAUAGUCUGUGA